CUGCUGUUACACUGAAGCGCCGUGCGGUGACAGAAAAUAACCCCGUAGCCACAGCAAAACAGGUCACCGUUGAAUAAAAUUUGGAGAAAAAAAGAAUUGACCUGAAAACGUCAGCGGAAGAAAAGGAGCAGGUUUUUGUUGGCAGAGGAGCGGGAGCAGCUGAACAAUAACGGCGGUUCGGCGCUGUGACAGCAGCUCGGUGCAUCGUUCCUGGGAUUCCUCCCUCGAGCCCCCUGGACGAAACUGACCGGCGGUAACGUGAUGCUUUGCAUGAGCAGAACCAUUUAGUUUUAUAUGAAUCUUUGUUGUUUUUUUCAAUUCUGGGCGGUGUUUGUUUGCUGAAACCGGUUGGUAAACAAAAUCAAACUCACCCUAUGUGGUGGUGCUUCGGCCCAGGGGCGUGAGUGGCCUGGACGUGAGAGGACCGAUGGACUGAUGAUGAUGAUGAUGAUGAUGCUGAUGAUGAUGAUGAGAGAGCAGCUGAUGGGUCAGGUUUAAAUUCCGAUUUUUUUUAUUUAUUAUUAUAGCUUCUAUUAGAGAGACAAUCUUAAAAUAGCAUCACUGGGCUGAAUAUAAUAUCAGGCCAAUCCUUCAUAUCACCAUCAACAACAGCAUUUUACAGGAGCAGGCCAGACACACUCACUUCUACUGUUGUUGAAUCCACAACCAUACAUAUAUUCUUUUUUUCUUCCAAAGCAGACUUUUAAAAGGGAUUUUUGGAGCUUUCUGUCUCAUAUCUGGUGAAAAAGAUAAGACAAAGCAUCCAAUCUCUCCAAGUCAUUGUACAUUUGUUGACUACAACGUGUCAACAAACAUCAUCUUUCGACUCCUCGCACAUAUUGGAGGCUUUUAGUCCAAAAACAAGCACCCGGCAGCAGCAGCCAUGUUCAGCUGGCUCGGAACCGACGACAGGAGGAAGAAGGACCCCGAAGUCUUUCAGACGGUCAGCGAAGGGCUGAAGAAGCUCUACAAGACCAAAUUACUGCCCCUGGAGGAAAGCUACAAGUUCCACGAGUUCCACUCGCCGGCCCUGGAGGAUGCCGACUUUGACAACAAGCCCAUGGUCUUACUGGUGGGACAGUACUCCACCGGCAAGACAAGCUUCAUACGCUACCUGUUGGAGCAGGAUUUUCCUGGAAUGCGUAUCGGCCCCGAACCCACCACGGAUUCCUUCAUCGCGGUGAUGCACGGUGACACGGAAGGCGUCAUUCCCGGAAACGCCUUGGUGGUUGACCCCAAGAAGCCCUUCAGAAAGCUGAACGCGUUUGGGAACGCAUUCCUCAACAGGUUUGUGUGUGCCCAGCUGCCUAACCCGGUGCUGGAGAGCAUCAGUGUGAUCGACACACCAGGGAUUCUGUCUGGAGAGAAACAGCGAAUCAGUCGAGGCUAUGACUUUGCGGCUGUCCUGGAGUGGUUUGCCGAGCGAGUGGACAGGAUCAUUUUGCUGUUCGACGCCCACAAGCUGGACAUCUCUGACGAGUUCUCAGAGGUGAUAAAGGCCCUGAAGAACCACGAGGACAAGAUCAGGGUUGUGCUGAACAAAGCUGACCAGAUAGAGACCCAGCAGCUGAUGAGAGUCUACGGUGCCCUGAUGUGGUCACUAGGGAAAAUAGUCAACACCCCUGAGGUGAUCCGUGUCUACAUUGGUUCGUUUUGGUCCCACCCUCUGCUGAUCCCUGACAACAGGAAGCUGUUCGAGGCCGAGGAGCAGGACUUGUUCAAGGACAUCCAGUCUUUACCGAGAAAUGCGGCGCUUAGAAAACUCAACGAUCUGAUCAAGAGGGCGAGACUAGCCAAGGUUCAUGCCUACAUCAUCAGCUCACUGAAGAAAGAGAUGCCCUCUGUGUUCGGGAAAGAGAACAAGAAGAAAGAACUGAUCGGCAGCCUGGGAGAUAUUUAUAAACGCAUUGAGAGGGAGCAUCAGAUAUCACCCGGAGAUUUCCCAAGUUUGAAGAAGAUGCAGGACCUACUUCAGUCUCAGGAUCUCAACAAAUUCCAGCCCCUGAAACCCAAACUCCUGGAGGCAGUUGACGACAUGCUGGCCAGUGACAUCGCUGGCUUAAUGGUCCUGGUCCGUCAAGAAGAAACGCAGCGGCCUAACCCAGUCGUGAAGGGCGGCGCGUUCGAUGGAACUUUGGACGGCCCGUUUGGCCACGGGUACGGCGAGGGAGCCGGCGAGGGCAUCGACGAUGCCGAGUGGGUCGUGGCGCGAGACAAACCGGCGUACGAUGAGAUUUUCUACACAUUAUCUCCAGUCAACGGCAAAGUGACGGGGGCCAACGCCAAGAGGGAAAUGGUGAAGUCAAAACUGCCCAAUACGGUGCUGGGAAAGAUCUGGAAACUGGCGGAUAUCGACAAGGAUGGCAUGCUUGACGAUGAGGAGUUUGCGUUGGCCAAUCACCUGAUCAAAGUGAAACUGGAAGGACAUGAACUGCCAUCGGAUCUGCCGGCACACCUGGUGCCCCCAACGAAGAGGAAAAUAACCGAGUAGAUGUAAGAUUACCCAGAGUCCCUGCUCCAAAACCUGUAAGUACACCCCCACUCCCAGAGAAGAUUAUUCCUAUUAAAAGAUUCCUGUAGCAUUAUUGCAAAAAACUACCAGUGGAAAUUUAGACUGCAUUUCCAACUCCAAACCUACCCUGCUAUUUCACCCCCACGUCUGCAGUCCUUCCUUACCUUCAAGAGACAAAUACUAGAACAAAAAUAUUCUGUUACAUUCAAAUUUAAUCACAUUAAAGGAUACUCAUCAACUGUUAGCAUACAGGCUGCAAACCUUUCUUUUCUAUACAGAUCUUAGGAUUUGACUUUGUCAAUAGUGUGAUAACUUCUAUUAACAGUUGGAAUUAAAUGCAGCAUUUCUUCAGUGCUUUAAUGUCUUUUACCAGGGGAGGAAAACUGCAUCUGGAUGACUCCUCUGAUGAAAGUCAAGUCUUUAGACCGGUGUUCUCUUUUUAUUCUUUAUUUUAUUUCAUGGUGAGAUAUGGGAGUUGUUUGGUAGGACAAGUUUUAGAUAUGUUAGCACAACUGAUGCGGUGAAUAGCAAAGAAAGACAAAUUCAAAGUCUAAACUAAGAAACACUGGAAUACAGAAAAAUAUAGGUUGGUCUUAACUACUGGAAGAAAGAGGGUGAGAUGUCAAUGACAGUGUGAAGACAAAAAGAAGGAAGAGGGAAAGUUUAGUUGGGGGAAGAUAUUCAUGAGGAGGUUAGAAAAAUGCAAUUACAUCUUUUUAUCCCCAUUGAAGCUUUAUCUAUAAUAGGACCUAUUAUAUAAUUGUUAUUAUUACCUGAAAUAAGCACAAUAAAAACGUCGGUCCUGCAUUAUUUUUGGUCUCCUGGCACGGCCGAGUAUUCUGGAUUUUGUGUAAUGGCGAUAUUUUAAACAACUACAGAUCCAUCACAUAUUCACACACACACACACACACGCACACACACACACACACACACACACACACACACACACACACACACACAUACACACACACACACACACACAGAAAAGGAACACCAUAGUGUGUUGGGGUUUUGACGGUGACAGACUUUGUUGUGCAACCCUGGAGUAAACCCAAAAAGAAAAUGGUCUAAAUCAAUCACUAAUCUUUUAACACGUUAAUUGUGAUGUGCUCAUGUUAGUAUUUGUGUGUGGGAUGCAGUUUAUGACGUCACCAUCACGUACAGUACGUAUUGGAUGGAUGGAAUUCGAGAUGAACUUUCGCAAAUGAAUUUCUCAAAUGGGAAACGAGCCGAACGAGAAGCUAACAAUGUCCAGUGGUUUGUCCCUCGAAGGAUCUUUUUAAAUAGUCAUGAAUCUCAUGAACAUGUCUGACGAUACUGUGACUUUGAUAUGAAUCUGUUCUGUGGGUGUUGAAUGUUUAAAUGUUCUGUGUGGGCACAUCCUGACUACACUCUGUAUGCAUAUGAACACAUGUAUCAGUGUUAUUAUUUGUAAUGUAUAUGUAUUAAGUCUUAAGCAUUUCACAGGCUACUGAUUUGGGAUUAUUCCAGUGGGUUAUUAAUUGAACAUUGAUGAAUCUGUUAUCAUUUACUAACCCUCCUUUGUAGUCCAGAGAGUGAACACGCAGCUUUUCGCUUAUUUCGUGAUAACAAACAUUAAUCGACUCAUAAUUCAAAGUUUUUGUUUUGUUUUUUCCUUCUUCAAUGUAUUUAAAUUGUACACAUGUAAUACAUGCACUUCCUCUUUACAAAGUUUCAGAUGUAUUACUGUGGCACUAUGCCAGUAUAUGUAUGCAUUAUGAAUGUAUAUUUCCCCAGCAGAAGAUGAAACGCUAAACUAACUCAAAUUGGAUUCCAGUAUGAUAAGAAAUAUUCACAAGUGUCUCGGGAAUUGACACAGUAUUGACUCAAUAUCAGCUUUAGAAUUGAUUUAACUUAAAAAUCCAGUUAAUGGUCAUUAAUUCCUCCCCCUGUGCAUCUCUGUGCUUAUUACUGUGAAUCUAAUGUACGUGAGGAGACUUGCUCACAUUCCACGAAACACCAGCUGGAAAAUCCUCCACAUGUCAUAGCAUGUGCUUUGUGGAUCACAAGGUCAUAUUUCAGAUGUACAUCAGACAAUAAAAUAUGUGCUUUUUGAACACGGAUCCUCUGCGAGACCAAGUCCCUGAACUCCACAAGUUGGUUUCGCACCCUGGUUAAUGAAGUGGAAACACUGGCGUCUUGUCUGUCUUUAAGAUGGCGAUGCGUUGCUUAAUCUGUACUUAACUGCUUUUCCUGUCAACAGAAACUGUUAAAAAGCAUAAUAAAAUAAAUUUACUCAA